AUGUCUAUAUUCAGAAAUGCCGUCCAAAGAACGGCUUUAUGCUCAAGGGUUUCGUUAAGAAACCAACAAGUUUUAGGCUUGCAGAAGAGAACCUUCUCAAACUCGUUCAAGUUGCUCUCAAAUGAGAAAGCAAUUCCAAAACAGUCCCGUUCCAAGUUCUUCUUGAAAUACUUUGUUAACUCAGCUAUGUUGCUGGGUGUCGGUGCUACAGGGUAUUUGUUUUUCUCUCUUUACAGGGAGUCUCAUCCAGCUCCACAAAUCCCACAAUCAAAGACUUUUGCCAAUGGUUCCCCAAGAAAGACUUUGGUCAUCUUAGGUUCAGGUUGGGGUUCUGUUUCCUUGUUGAAAAACUUGGACACCUCCAAAUAUAACGUUGUUGUCGUUUCUCCAAGAAACUUCUUUUUGUACACUCCUUUGUUGCCUUCUGCCCCAGUCGGUACCGUCGAAUUGAAAUCGAUCGUCGAACCAAUAAGAGCUAUUGGCAGAAGAUCAAAAGGUGAAGUUAUUUACCAUGAAGGUGAAGCCAGUGACGUCGAUACCGUUAACAAGGUUAUCAAAGUCAAGUCCUCUAUGAACGGUGCUCCUCAUGAAUUCGAUGUUAAGUACGACUACCUGGUCGUCGGUGUUGGUGCUCAACCAAACACUUUUGGGACUCCUGGUGUCUACGAACAUGCUUCCUUUUUGAAGGAAAUCUCUGACGCUCAAGAAAUUAGACGUAAGGUCAUGACCACUGUCUCCAGUGCUGCUAGUUUGGACCCAAGUGAUCCUGAAAGAAAACGUUUAUUGAGUUUCAUUGUUGUCGGUGGUGGCCCAACCGGUGUUGAAUUUGCCGCUGAAUUGCAAGAUUUCGUCGAUCAGGAUUUAAGUAAAUGGAUGCCAACUAUCUCAAAGGAAAUUAAGGUCACUUUAGUCGAAGCUUCUCCAAAUAUUCUGGGUAUGUUCGACAAGUCAUUGAUUCAAUACACUAACGAUUUAUUUAAGAAGGAAAAAAUUGAAGUCAAAUUAAAGACAGCAGUCAAGGAAGUUAAAGAAACUACUGUCACCACUAAAUGUGGUGAUGUCGUUGAAGAAACUCCUUACGGUAUUUUAGUCUGGGCUACUGGUAAUGCUCCAAGAGACGUCUCUCUGAAGUUGAUGUCCAAAUUGGAAGAACAAAACUCCAGAAGAGGUCUAUUGAUCGAUGAUAAAUUGAGACUAUUAGGUGGUAACGGUUCUAUUUACAGUAUUGGUGAUUGUACUUUCCAUGCAGGUUUGUUCCCAACUGCCCAAGUUGCUUUCCAAGAAGGUGUCUACUUAGGUGAGGUUUUCAACAAGAUCCACAAAAUCGAUCAACUAAAAUGGGAAUUGUCCAAUACUCAAGACAAGUCCUCUCAAGAAAAGAUCCAAGCAAAGAUUGACAUCAUGAACUCCAAGAUUGAUGACUUUAAAUACCACCAUCUAGGUGCUUUGGCUUACAUUGGUUCCGAGAAGGCCAUUGCUGACAUAGCAAUGGGUGAAUCUAGGUACAACUUAUCUGGUUCAUUCACCUUCUUAUUCUGGAGAUAUGCAUACUUAUCCAUGUGUAUUUCUGCCAGAAAUAAGGUUUUAGUUGCCCUUGAUUGGAUCAAGGUCUCUAUUUUCGGUAGAAACUCCUCUGUUUAA